AUGCGCAAGGCGAAGCUUGGCAAUCUGCCUCCCAAGAAGGCUCCUCGCACUGUGGAGGAGCCCAAGACGGAGAAGAUCGAGAAGAUCGAGGAGGAUCUGUUUGUGGCGGAGGGAAUCAAGAAGAAGGAGCGCAAGGUGAAGGCCGAGGAGAAGCCCACCGAGGUGAUCCUGAACUUCCAGGCGGUGGAGGGAACCCCCCGCAACUUCGUGCCUCGCGAACGACGCCGCUUCGAGGAGCGCCGCGAGGGAAGCGGAGAGCAGAAGAGAGAGGGACGCAAUGGAGAGCGCCGCGGAGAGCGCCGCGGAGAGCGUCGCGGACAGGGACGCAACCAGCCUCGCGGCUCCAAGCUGAACCUGAAGAGUGAAGCGCUCUUCCCCAAGUUGUAAAUGGAUGAGGCCUUUUUCACUUGACUCUUUGCUUUGGUUGGUUGGUUGAUUGAUUGAUUGAUUGAUUGA